GGGGGACACGCGGCGAGGGGAACCCACACAACGGUUCACAUCGUUGGUUAUACCAGCGGUCAUCAGUCUUCACAAGGACUUUGAAGCGUUUGACACGUACGUCUGUUUUUUUUAAUUGUUGCUCACAUUGAGACAAUAUUCUGUUCUAUACGCCAAACGAUGAUUGUUUACAUCUAUCGCAACCUGCAGGGAUUCCCGGUCGCGUUGUGAUGUGAUCUUGUGACUGUUUUGUGGUUGUGCCACCGACUAUUUGGAUUUUUUUUUGUUGUCUAUCGCUAAACUCGAAAAUGCCGAAAAUAUUUUUGAUCAAAAACAGGUUGCACCAGCAGCAACAGCAACUGAGGCUCGAAUCUCAAAACGCCGGAAACGCGAAGAACGAUCUUGGAAUCGGAGAUAAUCAACCCUUGCCAUUGAUCGUACGCAAAAAAGACGAUGGAGAAAAGAAGCAGGAUGAACGAGCAAAAUCGAAGUCCCCAUCGCCCGAAACCCCCAAGCCCACGAACAUCCCGCCGCGACGCUUCAUCUCAUCGAUCCUCGGCGGUGACAAGCCCUACGGCAGCCGAGGACACGUCCUGACCAGGGCCGAGCGCAAGGAAUACCCGUCGUUGUUCAAGCAGGAAAAGAUAACGCUGCCCGGCGGCCAGAAGCCUUCGCAGGACACGCCGCGACCGGCCAAUUUGGCGCCCGUUCGACAAUUCUCCGUCAUACAGCGGACGCCCAAAUCGUCCACGAAGAGGGAAGAAGACACCGACAUCAGAGUACCAACGAAUUUGGUGGUACAGGAGCCGGAGCAGGAGCAACCGAUAGACUAUCACAUACCGAAGCGGAGAGGUGAAAAUGAAAACGAAGACGAGGAAAGGAAGAUAAGGGAGCAAAGGAGGAGCCAUUGCUCUAAAGUCAGCAAACCUCUAAUUUCUGUCAGGACAAUAGCUGGAAAACUUCCGGUGACCAUGUCGGCGGCGGCGGGACAUGGAAGAGGAUCUUCCGGUUCUCAAGGAUCCGGAAAUCAAUCGAGCAACGCUUCCUCCGGCGGGGGUGGUAGCAUUAAUUUUAGCGGUGGAUCGUCGGGAGGUAUUGGUGGCGGCGCUAUGGGAGGAGGCACGGGAAGUGGUGGAAUGAAUCCCGGAAGAGACGGUAGGCAGAAUUACGGGCCUAGCAGCCCGCCUACGGGCAGUUUGCCGCCGUUUUACGAAACGUUAAAAGAGAGAAGCAACGGGAACGGUUUCAAUCCUAACGGAAGCAUUUCCUCCAACUAUUUACUUUCAAAUCAACAGAACAUGGACUGCGACACCGGACAGGAUCUCGCUAAUCUGUCUAUAAACGGAAAUCAAAGUCCACCUAAACAAUAUUCGACUUUACAAAAUGCAUCGUACGGCAUCGUCAUGAAAGACGAAAGCGAUUUGGAUAUUUACGAAGGAAAAAUGGAUCCUAUGAAUCAGUUACUUCCUGGUGGAUAUUCCAGCUAUGAUGAAUCCAUGAUGGUAGAUUUAGUAACGGGAACCGUCGUGGAUCCGCUUCAAUUUACAGCCACGCUGACGUUCUCCAGUUCGGCUGAAAACGCGCUACUGGAGAACUUUCCCGACGCGACGGAUCUAUCCACGUUCCUCCAGAGACUUCCAAGCGAAGACAACGACAACGACGAAGUAGGCGCGAACGGCAUCCACUCGCCUUCCAUGACACCCGAUUCCCACCUGCAACCCGUCGGUGACAGCAUCGACUCGUUCAGCGAUCAAAUGUUGAACAGGAACUACGAGAAUCGAGGAAACAACUACGCUCACAACCACUUCUCCAAAAUCUACAACGAAUCGCUGCCGCCCUAUCAAUCGCCGCUGCACGAGAACUCCAUCCAAUCGCAGCUCCACCAGCAGCAGAUGCUGUCUCCGACGCUCUCCUUCAACGGCAGCGGCCUGGACCUGGACUCGCCGACGACCAUGAGCCUGCCAUCACCGGGGGCGGCCAGUUGUUCGCUGGACGGGCAGCACGGCGAAGGGGGCCCCAUCAGCCCUCCAGCUAAUGUGAGUGGCAGGAGGGAUAGCACGGGCAGCGACUCACCCUCUCUGCAAGGGAGGGUUAAUGUGUUACAUAGGUUGGGCCUACCGGCUGAGGUGCAAUUGGAGUUCGUCAACGGCGGUCACGGUAUCAAAAACCCAUUGGCCAACCAGGACGCGGUGCGCGGCAACUCUAGAACUGAGGACAAAACCAAAGUGGCUUCCGUCACGACGGAGGACGGCCAAACGAAUUUCGCUUGCAGAGUGUGCAACAAGACGUUCGCCUUGCAGCGUCUGUUGAACAGGCACAUGAAAUGCCAUUCGGACAUCAAAAGAUACCUGUGCACGUUUUGCGGCAAAGGCUUCAACGACACCUUCGAUUUGAAGCGGCAUACUCGGACGCAUACAGGUGUACGACCGUACAAAUGCAGCCUCUGCGAGAAGUCGUUCACGCAACGCUGCUCCUUGGAGUCGCACUGCCUGAAAGUACACGGUGUCCAGCACCAGUACGCCUACAAGGAGCGGCGCACAAAAGUGUAUGUUUGCGAGGAAUGCGGCCACACGACCAACGAACCCGAAGUCCAUUAUUUGCAUCUCAAAGACAAACAUCCCUACAGCCCCGCGUUGCUCAAAUUCUACGAUAAGAGGUGUAACGUCGGCUGCACGAAACCUAAACCUACUAUAAUUUAUCCGUCCAAUGUAGUAGUUUCUUAAAAUACAAAAAACAUAUUCUCUUCUCGAUUACAUUGGAUCUGUCGAAUCUCUUCUGUGAUAAUAUUUUUCAUUACAAAAAAUUAAAAAAACAUUCUUCAUCUGCAUUAUUGAUAACUGAGAGGUUAUCUACAGGAAAUGGAAAGAAAAACGAGGAAUCAGGCCUAACUAUCGUUAAAGGAGGAAAACCCAUAGGAACGACCGUAUUUUUGGAAACAAUUUUCUAAUACCGUUUCUGAAACUAAGGUGCAUGGUAUACCUACAUGAAAUUUCUAACAUACGUAGGUACGCAUAUAAUGUGUACCUCCUUCAACAUUGUAAUCUACUUAAGAAUAUUUUAAAAUUACCUAAAAUUUCUUAUAAGUAAUAUAUCAUACAAAUUUUCUCGCAAGUUUUUUCAAAAUUAAUUCAAUCUAUUAGUGUAUAAAGUUCUUUAACUUUUGAGAGUAACAUUUUAUUACCUUUGAAAUACAGAAUAGUUUAAUUAUCUGAAGUUAUUUAUAAUAGUAGGUACAUUUUAAUUUUUACUGGUGUUGGAACUAAAUAAGUACAUUACUCACAAUUUGUCUAAAAGCACUAAAUCAGCCCAACGUUAGCAAAUUAUAGAGCUUUUUAGUGCUUUAGCAAGACAAAUGGCAAGUACCUAUUUUUAAUUCAAUACCAGAACAUUAUAAACACACAUGUCGUAAGAUAUUCUAAGAAAUUGAACGAAACUGGUAUACCUGAUAAAUAAAAACAUGAUUGAUUUAAUUUCAAUGGCUUAUUCCCCGUUUAUGUAGCUGUAUUACCGCACUGCUGGCGUCCCUUCGGCGGAAACUAUAAAUAAAAAUCGGGUUUUUUGUGCAAUCAGGUGGAAGGAUUUGGGUAUAAUUUUAAGUAAUAGUAGCUUAGAUGGAAAUGUUAUAAAUAUUGGAGCGACGUUAGAAUUCGGAAUAUAAAAAUUAUAUUAAUACGAAUUUCGAAUGAGCAUAUCUGGCAGGAGGUUCUUGAGUGAACUACUACAACAUUAUAGAAUAAUAAAAUUACAAUCUGUUAAUAGAUUAGGUUAUAGGUAAUAAUAAUUUGUUAAAUGCACAUGAAAUUUUUUGUGGAUUGUUAAUAAAUUAGAUAUUUAUUGUGUAAUGUGAUUUGCUCAUUGGAAAUGUUUUUCUGGACUUCAAUGCGUUCCUUUAUUAUGUCAAUUCUGGUGCUUCAUAGCAAAUACUUCGAACUAUGGUGCUACAGAAUGUUCAUUUUUCAAGAAAUAGUAAUGUCUUGUUGUGAUCCUUUCUUUAUAUUACAACGAACAAAUUUUGCAAUACAUUAGCGUUUCGUUUUAAGAGUGAGAAUUUGUUAUAUGUGUGGAAUGAGUGUUGUUUGUACAUAGAAAAAAAUAUUUAGUUUAUCUUUAAGUAACUAUUGUUUAUCUUAUAGUUGAACUUUUUGUGUUAGUGUGUACUAUUUAAUUUUGUUUGCCAGUGUACCUAGAGAUGUUGAAAUGGAUUUUAAUAUUAUUUAUAUUUCUUUUUUCUUACUUUACAUUACAGUAUUUACUUCCUUCUUUUGUAUAUUUUAUACCGUUAAACUUAUUGAACUGAGUUUGAUUCGAGGUUUUAUAUUUUAUUUAAAAGAGAAUAAACAAUUAGCUUUAACUUUUUUUACUCAUCUCUCAUUACCUUUAUUUCUAUAACUUGAUAUUUG